UCGUCGUCACACAACAAACACGUACAAAAAACUUAACCCUAGAAAGUGAUCAUUACUAAGACAAAUCCAAAAUGGUUGCGAGAAGUGAGAUUGUGGAAGAUACGGUGGUGGAAUGUCUCAUGUUGUUACCGAGAGUUGGAGAAUACGGCGGAGGAGGAGGAGAGAAACGCGUUUAUAGAUGCAAGACUUGUCUUAAAGAGUUCUCUUCGUUCCAAGCUUUGGGAGGUCACCGUGCAAGCCACAAGAGACUCACUAACAGUGACGAUUCAUCACUUCUUGAAUCCUUGUCGUCUCAUAAGAAGACUAAAGUGACGUCUCAUCCUUGUCCGAUAUGUGGAGUGGAUUUUCCGAUGGGACAAGCUCUUGGUGGUCACAUGAGGAGGCAUAGGAACGAGAAAGCAUCAGUGAAGACAUUGGUUACACGAUCUUUUUUGCCAGAGGCGACUACGACGGUGACGACUUUGAAGAAGUGUAGUAGUGGGAAGAGAGUGGCGUGUUUGGAUAACUUGGAGUUAGAUUCGAUAGAGAGUUUGGUUAAUUGGAAGUUGGAGUUGAAUCUUCGUAUUGGUUAGGUUUUAAGUUUCAUCUUGUUAGUCUUCGUUGGAUCCAUAUAUUGUACCGAUCGAUGUGAAUAUUAUUUUACCAUCCGAGAUUAUUUCUUGUACUGUUUACUAAAUUUUCUUGGUUUGUAUAAAUGAACCUUUAAUGGUUGAGCUAUGAAUGGUUUUAAGUA